AUGAAGUUGUCCGCUGUCAUUGCCCUUCUUCAGCUGGGAGCUUUCUGUGCCCUGGCUACUGAGAAAAUCCCAAGCAACCUCAAAGAGAUAGUGGAACAAAGCUCAGGGAAAUCCUCGCUUCUGAACCCUCUCCUGGAAGAUAAAGUCCCACCUCUCUCUGAUAAUGUGGCAGUCACUGGCCCACUAACACCUCCAGACCUUGAGGAAUCAGUGAACUUUUCAAAUUUGUUUGGUGACAACAUCAAUCUAAACUGGACCACAUGGGAGGGAUCUCUUCCCAAUGGUGCAGUUGGUAUCUACAAUGGGUACACCAAGCGUUCAGAUUACAUCUGCAAGUACAACUGCGAAGCAGGUUUCUAUACACCCAGCAAAGGUCCAUAUUGCAAUUACCCUUAUGGUAACAGUGAAUACCAUGCUCCUGAGUUUGAGGUCUUAGUCAAUGUAGACAACUUUGAGUUUGUGGAAUGGAUAAGUGGGUCAUAUGGUUCAGUGCCCAGCCAUGCUAUUAGAACUUGUGCUGGUGUUGGGAUCUUUGUAGGCAAGAACAAGUAUGGGCUUGGUAAGGUUGUACCUCAGUUUGAAGCCUUCUUCCUGCCAUGGGAGGGUGAUGAAUACUGGUACAAGAAGUAUGAAGUAUUGGCCAUCAACCAGGAUGCCUACACCCAGCACAUCUCCCACGUGGAGUACGGAAUCGAUGAAGUCGAACUCUUCCACUACCCACCAGAGACCAUGAGGAUCUCCAGUGUCACCAACAAUGACUGCCAGACUGUGACCAAGACAGUGACCAUUUCCAAGACCACGGAGGUGGGGAGAACUUGGAACAUCGGCCGCUCCACUAUGCUCGGUGUUACAGGGGGCAUCACGGCCAAGAUCCCUAUGAUUGGCAGUGCUGGAGUGGAAUUCACUUUAGAGAAGACCCUGCAGUUCAAUCGUGGCACCACUGUAGUGGAGGCUCUCAGCCACGAGGUGUCAGUGCAGCUGACUGUGCCGCCCAACCACUCCUGCACUGCCCGCAUGGAGGGCCGCAAGAUCACCGCCGACAUCCCCUUCAAGGCAAGGCUCAGCCGAACAUAUGCAAACGGAGAGACCCAGUGGACAUCCAUCAAUGGCAUCUAUGAUGGUGUGCAGAUUGGAGAGGUCAGAGCAGUAGUGGACCGCUGUGAGCCUAUUCCAGAUGCCAAACCAUGUCCAUCAGUGGCAUAG